GAGAAAUGAGUGUGUUGCGUUUCAUGGGAUUGACAUCCAAGCUGGUCACAGCUUGCAGCAGGAAUGAAACACAAGUGAAAAGGUGUAAACGCCGCUCGGUCUUGCUCGCUUGCUCAUCCUCGCCAACGUCGCUGCUCUUCUUCCCUCUUCUCCACCAAGCACUAGCAUUGGGCGAUGUGAAAUCUCCUGCAUCUCUGCACCUGGUGCCAUACGAGGACGAGCGCAACGGCUUUGCAUUCUCGCGGCCGGAGGAAUGGACCAAGGUUGACAAGUAUGGGGCCACCGUCUUGUUUGAGGAUCCGACCAAGAAAUCCAACAGCGUGGGAGUCGUGGUGAGUCCCGUUAGGAUCUCGUCGCUCGAGGAAUUUGGCAGCCCUCAAGAGGUUGCAAUCAAACUCAUGGAAGCCGAGCGUAAAAAGCCAAGCACGAAUGCCGUGGAGCUUGUUAGCAUCGACAGCAGAAGGAUGCUAAUUCCAGGCGGCGCGUCCGCUACCGUGUACGAGAUUGAGUACAAGCUCGACAGUACGCGCGGGAUGAAACGGGUCUACUCUGGAGUCACGAUCGCCUCUAGAAAACUCUUCAUCAUCAAUGUGGCCGUCGCAGAGGGAGCCAAUGAUACGAUCGAUCAAGAGACCGAGUCUGCGCUCAAAUGCUUGGUCUCGUCCCUGCGAGUAACUUGAUUUCUUCCGAAAACAUCUUCGAAGAACCUUUCAAUCUCCUUCACGGCCUGAAAGGCCUUCGUGAAUCUCCUCC